CAGUGCUGCUGCCCAGACGUGAGGCUCUAAGUCCAGGAGCUCAAGAUGGGGGAUGAGGAGAAGCGCCACAGGGCCAUCACGGCCCGCAGACAGCACCUGAAGAGCGUCAUGCUCCAGAUCGCGGCCACGGAGCUGGAGAAGGAGGUGGGCCGCCGGGAGUCGGAGAAGCAGAACUACCUGUCUGAGCACUGCCCCCCGCUGCACCUGCCCGGCUCCAUGUCGGAGGUCCAGGAGCUCUGCAAACAGCUGCACGCCAAGAUCGACGCGGCCGAGGAGGAGAAGUACGACAUGGAGAUCAAGGUCCAGAAAAGCACCAAGGAGCUGGAGGACAUGAACCAGAAGCUGUUCGACCUGAGAGGCAAGUUCAAGAGGCCCCCGCUGAGAAGGGUGCGGAUGUCGGCCGAUGCCAUGCUCAAGGCGCUGCUGGGCUCCAAGCACAAAGUGUGCAUGGACCUGCGGGCCAACCUGAAGCAGGUCAAGAAGGAGGACACGGAGAAGGAGCGGGACCUGCGCGACGUGGGCGACUGGAGGAAGAACAUCGAGGAGAAGUCGGGCAUGGAGGGCCGCAAGAAGAUGUUCGAGACGGAGUCCUAGGCCCCCGGGGGCCCCGCCGCCCGCGCUCCCGGCAGCCGCGCGCCCCCUGGAGGCCGCUCGGCCUCGUGGUCAAUAAAGGCUUCC